AUGGGUGAAGGAGAUUCGACUAAAAUUGUUCCAUUAUCACCAUUUAUCAUUCCUACAAUUCUAGUCUCAUCUUUACAAACUUUUGAUCAAAUCAUCAACCAACCCAUCACUUUGUUUUUCUCUUCACAAUCUACUGAUCCACCUAAAUCCCUCAAUGAUACUAAGAUUGAUGAUGGGGGCUUUGGAGGUACUUUUGCUGAUAUCGAAUUUGAUCCAGAAGAAGAAGACAUUCCAGAUCAUAUGUUAAUGUCAGGGAAGCAAUUCAAGAUUUUAAACAAGAAGCUUAAUUACAUACUUCAAUCUCAAGCAGAUGCAAGGGGAAUGAACUCUGUGUCAAGUAUCGAACUUGAUGUGAUGCUAAAAGAACAAGAAGCUCGAUUGUUUAAAAAAGUCAUUGGCUUUAUUCAAGACUUUGAAUCUCAAAUUCGUGAGAAGGUGGAUAUUAAUGAUAAAAAUAAUGAGUUAAGAGUAAAGUCACAAUCUUUGACUUUUAAUGAGGAAAUCAGGGAUCUUCAAUGA